AUGUUGUCAAGGGCUGCCCGACCGGCUCUGCGAGCUGCCGUUGCAGCUCCCCGCACUGCCGCCACCUAUGCGACGCUCCGUGAGAUCGAGACUCGUUUGAAGUCGAUUCGAAACAUCGAGAAGAUCACCAACACCAUGAAGGUCGUCGCCUCCACCAAGCUCACCCGUGCUACCCGCAGCAUGAACGACUCCCGCAAGUACGGCGAGGCUUCCAACGAGGUCUUCAAGUCCGCCGAGACCACUGCCGCCGAGGCUGAGGAGAAGAAGUCCCUCGUUAUUGUCUGCUCUUCCGACAAGGGUCUCUGCGGUGGUAUUCACUCUGGCUUGAGCCGUACCAUCCGCCGCAUGACUGCUGAGGAGCCUCCUUUCGACCUGGUCAUCAUUGGCGAGAAGUGCAAGGCCCAGCUGUCGCGAACCAACGCCAAGGGUAUCCAGCUCAACUUCGCCGGCAUUGGCAAGGACAUUCCCACCUUUGCCGAUGCCCAGGCCAUCGCCGACCAGAUCGUCCUGCUGCCCACUGAGUACACGGAUGUCAAGAUCCUGUACAACAAGUUCAUCAACGCCACCAGCUACGAGCCUACCUUCAUUGAGGCAUUUUCCGAGGAGGCCAUUUCUCAGUCCCCCAACAUCUCCGCCUUUGAGGUUGAGGAUGAGGCCCUUGCCAACCUGCGCGAGUACUCUCUUGCCAACUCCCUCUACUGGGCUCUGGCUGAGGGCCACGCCUGCGAGCAGUCUGCUCGACGAAACGCCAUGGAGAACGCCUCCAAGAACGCUGGUGAGAUGAUCGGCAAGUACCAGAUUCUGUACAACCGUACCCGACAGGCUGUCAUUACCGGAGAGCUGGUCGAGAUUAUUACUGGUGCUAUUGCCUCCGAAGAAAUGUAA